AAAAAAAACUUAUUCAAUAAAGAUAAAAAAAAAGAUAGACAGUGUUUAGAAUCUUUUACAAAUAAAAAUCAUAGAUUUUGGAUAAAGAAGUCGUAAUAUUUGAGAUUAAUACUUUUGCAAAGAAUCAAUGUUGGAUUACUUAAAAUAUUAUUACGCGCCAUAGGAUAUAAGGUCACCGGUUGGGUUGGAUUAAUUAGCAGAAAGGUGUCCAAGUACUUAAUAUUUUUUUUAAUAAAAGUAGACAACUGAAGAACAAUAUAAAAGUAUUCGUAAUUAACGUCUAAAACGUUGAUGCAUUGGAAAAAUGUGAAAACAACACUUCAAGACAUCGGAAAACAAACCGAAUGAUUAUAUGGCGACCGACAGUCAACUGUCGCCUGAAGCUUGGAGGAAUUUAUACCCUCCUAUAUCGUAAGUGGGGAUACGUAGUCAACCAUCAGUUGUCAUAUCGUUUUGUAGACGGCUGAUAAAGAGAGACUUGAUUUUCAAUUGACCACUUGAAAGAUGAAAACAUUACAACAUUAUCAGAAAAUAAUGUAGAUAUUGCCAUAAUAAAAUCUAAAAACCGAAAAUUAAAUUUGAAAUGUAGUAAUGAAAAUGUUAUGUAAGGCGGGUAUGAUAAAUAUUCAUCCCCUCAUGUGAAUCAUGAAAAUAUUAAGAGUAAUAGUAUUUCGGAUGUGACUAUUGAUAUAGAAGAAAAUAAAAUUUCCAACAUCAAUCAGACAGCAAAUAAAGAACAUGAGUAUAAAGUUGAAAACAGUGAACAAGAAUCAAGUAAUAUUAGUGAUAAUAAUUGCACAACUACCAUCAAAGAACUUAGAUUAAGAGGCGGCCUUGAAGAAAACAUAACAGCUAGUAGCGGAAGAGGUAAUUUUAAUUUCAAUUAUACAGGUGAAUUUAAUUCAAAAGAAAUAAGACAAAAGUUUAUCAAGAAAGUUUAUUCGAUACUAACACUUAUGCUAGCAAUCGUAUUUGGGGAAAUUUUAUUUUUCAUUAUUUCGCCAGAAGCAAAGGAUUUUUUAAAAAAAUACAUUCUAUUAUGUGUCAUUUUAUCACUUUACAUGUAUAUUGUAUCAAUGUAUGCUAUUUCGUGCUAUGAGAAUGUAAGGAGGACUGUACCAUUAAAUUUUAUUGUUUUAACAAUCAUGAGUAUGUCAUUAGGCGUAGUCAUUAGUUGUGCAUGCAUCCACUAUCAAUUACGAAUAAUUAUUUUGGCUAUAUGUUAUACAUUUGCAUUGUCUUUAUCCGUUUCCAUAUUAGCUGCAUAUUGCCCGAUUGAUAUUACUAAAUUCGGCGUGCUUAUAUUUGUUAUGGGUGCAAUAAUUCUUAUUAUGGCAGUGAUAACAAGUUUUCUGCUAAGUCAUGUUUAUUUCGAGUACAAAAAAGCAGAAAUAAUUUUAGGAGCCGUUGGAGUGUUUGUUUUUUCCAUAUAUCUAGCCUACGAUACGCAGUUAAUCAUGGGCGGAAGAAAAGAAGAGAUUUCACCUGCAGAAUAUGUUUUAGCAGUUGUUAUAUUAUUUACAGAUAUUAUAAAUAUUUUCAUGUGUAUGCUUAACUUAAUAAACGGCGAAGAAGGCUAAUUAUAAUUUUUAU